AUGACUGUAAAACUAAAGGAAGACACCUCUUCUGACGAAGAAGAUGCACCUCUCUCAGCAGCCUUUCAGCGUAAUAAGCGAAAAAUCGAAGAUUCAGAUGAGGAAAAUGGUAGCUCCAAAAUCAAGGAUGAGGACAUUGAGUCCGCUGACAGUGAUGCAGCGCUUUCGAAAGUUGCAAAUUCUCGAAAAACUGUGAAAAAGGCUAAGAAAACCAUGCAAAAAAGCGAUGGUGGUAGUAGUAGUGUCAAGGCGAAAAAGCCAAGGGCCAAAAAGGCGACACCACCGGCGAAAACCACCAAAUCACCUAAAAAAAUCCCCAAACGAGAACAUUCCGUCGAGCAGCAGAAUGCAGACCCGGAAGACAGCAUUAAAGAGACCAGCGAAAGUGCCGAUGAGUUCAAGUGGUGGGAAAAGGAAAACGACGACGAAACCGUCAAAUGGACCACCCUAAAGCACAACGGUGUUAUUUUUCCUCCCACGUACGAGCCUUUGCCUUCGCACGUCAGGCUCUACUAUGCUGGGAAACCCGUUGAUCUCCCGCCCCAGGCAGAAGAGGUUGUGGGCUUUUUCGCAGCUUUGCUGGAAUCGGACCAUGCCAAGAAUCCGGUCUUCCAGAAAAACUUCUUUGAAGACUUUCUAGAGGUGCUCAAAGAGAGCGGUGGGACCCGCAAUGGUGUUGAGAUCAAGGAAUUCGAAUUAUGCGAUUUCUCCAAGAUUUUCGACUACUACCAGCUGCAAAAAGAGCAGAAAAAGCAGCUCAGCUCACAGGAAAAGAAGAAAUUAAAAGAGGAAAAGGAGGAGUUGGAAGAACCUUACAAAUACUGUUUUCUUGAUGAGCGCAAAGAACAGGUCGGGAAUUUCAGAAUUGAGCCCCCAGGGCUAUUUCGUGGUCGUGGUGCGCACCCAAAGACAGGCAAGCUGAAAAGACGAGUUUAUCCCGAAGAUGUGGUGCUCAAUCUCGAUAAAGAUGCUGAAAUUCCAAAAGCGCCAGAAGGUCACAAUUGGGGUGAAAUAAGGCACGACAAUACCGUGCAAUGGCUAGCUAUGUGGCGAGAAAAUAUCUCGAAUUCGUUCAAGUACGUGCGAUUUGCCGCUAACUCAUCUUUGAAAGGUAUGAGUGACUUCAAAAAAUUCGAAAAGGCCCGCCAAUUGAAGGACUACAUUGAAGCGGUCAGGAGAGAUUACACCAAGAAUCUCAAAAGUAAGGUCAUGCUGGAAAGACAGAUUGCAGUUGCAUGUUAUUUUAUCGAUGUGUUUGCGCUAAGAGCAGGCGGGGAGAAGGCAGACGACGAAGCAGACACUGUGGGCUGCUGUUCUUUGAGAUACGAGCAUGUUACGUUGAAGCCUCCCACAACGGUCAUAUUCGACUUUCUUGGUAAGGACUCUAUCAGAUUUUACCAGGAAGUUGAGGUAGAAAAGCAAGUUUUCAAGAACCUUACAUUGUUCAAGAAACCACCAAAGAAGCCCGGCCACGACUUGUUUGAUAGACUGGACCCAUCACUAUUGAACAAGCACCUUCAAAACUACAUGCCCGGCUUGACAGCUAAAGUGUUCCGUACCUACAACGCUUCCAAGACAAUGCAGGAUCAAUUGGACCUGAUUCCGAAUGAAGGAACAGUCGCGGAAAAGCUUUUGAAAUACAAUGCCGCCAACAGAACAGUUGCCAUCCUGUGUAACCAUCAAAGGACCGUGACAAAGGGUCAUGCUGCAUCGGUGGAAAAGGCCACCGCAAGGAUCGAAGAAAUGGAAUGGCAGAAAGUUAGACUGAAAAAAUCGAUCAUGCAGCUGGACAAGUCUGAGGUCAAGAAGAACCCCAAGUAUUUUGCUGAGGUCAACGAUCUUGUCAAGGAACAGGAAGCCGCCAUUCACAAACGGGUCAUUGAGAAGGAGCGGGAAAAAUUCGUCAAAAAGUUUGCUCGCGACAACGAGAAACGCAAAUUCGACAAUGAGGAACCCCUGCCGGAGUCUCAGCUUCAGGAGUGGAUGCAAAAAGUGGAUGAGACGGAGAAGGCUUAUGCGGAGGAGCUCAAGACCGGCAAAGUACAAAUAACGAACAGCGACGUGGAAAAACUCAAAUCGCAGGUUGAAAAACUCGAGCAAAGAAUUGAAAACUACACCACUCAGCUGAAGGACAAGGAGGACAACUCCCAGGUUUCCCUGGGCACUUCCAAGAUCAACUAUAUCGACCCCAGAUUAUCAGUGGUGUUUUGCAAGAAAUACGGUGUUCCCUUGGAGAAAGUUUUUACAAAGUCGCUACGAGACAAGUUCAAAUGGGCUGUGGAGUCCGCUGACGAGAACUGGCGGUUCUGA